CUCACAUGUCAUGUGUGUGUCCGUCCGUGCCAUUUUCUGUGCUUGUGGGGUGUAAUAGUACGUAUGUUGAUGGAUGGAUGGACACGUGGUGCAUUCUUGCCUUGCAUCAUCGACUCACUCACUCAGUCACUCUCUUAUCGGUCGCUGUACUUGGCCAGGACGGUGUGUCCGCUCUUGUUCUUGGCCAGAGAGAUGAGGCGCUGCGCCUGACGGAUGGAGGGAUCGAUGGCGGCGUUUUGACAUACACAUGGACAGACAGACAGACAGACAGAUGUGGAUGGAUGGAUGGAUGGAUUGAUGGGACGUGUGUGCAUUCAUUUGUAAAGUGUCAUGAGAUGAUGGCGCCACACCUGUUGUUGGAACACGGCGUGGUGUGACACACAAAUCACCUGAGCCGCACACGCACACACACACACACGGGCAUACGCAUGCACACUCACACGCAUAAUAGCAAGCAAGCCGCUGGCUGAUGUAGCUACCUGCGUCAUGUUGGUGAACUUGUGUCUGAGCAGCGAGGCGAGCGCUUGGGUCAUCUUCUCGUCCGAACUCGCCUGCACGCCCCCGACCCCACCCCAACCACAAGAGAGAUACACCACCACACACACAGAGUAUGCAAUGCAGAUAAGUGAGGGCGUCUCUGUGCACACAUCUCUCACGUCAGCUUCAUCGAGAAUGUAGAGAAACGACGAGCGGUUCUGAGCUAUCGCCAACAACUGCACAGUGGACAAACAGAGAAGAGCACAGGAAAUGGCCAUAAAUGGCUGGAGUGAGUGAGUUAUGUCGCGCCGCCAUACGAAUGCGACACUGAGUAGGGUUCGCUGUCCGCCUGAGAGCUCUUCCAGGCCGUCCUUCCAACCAGACACAUCACCACCUACACACACGACCACACGGACGGACACGAUGGCUGCCUGCCUGUCUGCCUGGCUGAUGAGUAGUCUAACCCACCUUCUAGUUUGUUUCUGACGCGGAUAGCAACGCCCUGCAGCAAAUCUGAGCUGUCGUUCAUCACAAAGUCAAUCUGCGACAGCCAUAAUACGACACGACAGACAGAGGGGAUGGGAUGUGCGGCCGGCCGGAGACACGCACCUCUUUAGACGGCAUCAAACUCUCGAACAAAUCCUGGCGUCGAGAGAUCAGCAAAUGGUGGGGCCGGUGCUGUGUGUAGGUCGCGUCGGCUACCUUUGUGAGUUCCUUGACGCGUUUGAAUGACGUCUGGUGCAGCGUGUGGAUCUUCUCCUUCUCAGACUGAAUGCCUGAAGGCAUACACUUAUUUGAUGCCCAUCAUGGGCCGGAUGGAUGGAUGGAUGGAUCCGUGUCUCAUCGCUCGCCUUGGAUGACGCAGGCGAUUGACUCUUCGAUGACCUUGCGGUUUGCCUUGAACGCCUCCAGCUGACGCAACACAUCACGAGCCUGCUCGUCUGACCAUACACGUGUGAGGAACAAAGCCUCAUGUCUCGAAUCGACAUGUGCCAUUCUUUUCUGCUCUCCCACCGAGUGCGUCGCCCCCCGCGCUCUCCUUCUUGAUCUGCAGCUGCUUGCUCUCCGCUGACAACUCCAAUAGCCUGACAUGUGACAACGGGCACAUGAGAGUCGUGUAUAUCGUGUCUGUCUCUUGCCCACAUACUUGCGUUCGACGUGGUCAAUGUGUUUCUGGCUGAUGCCGCGGUGGUGGUCCCUCAUCUGUGUGGGGUGGUCGUCACUGCCAGCAGCGUCGCCAGCCUCCUCACGGAGGUCCUCGAGGGCGGCGGCACACUCCUCACGACUCACAUGGAGACGCUCAAUGUCGCCCUACAUGCACAACAGACAACACACACACACACAUAAGUGGACGGAUCUCCUGGCUGUGUAUGGGUGAGCACCUCUAAAGAGGUUUUGGCCUCCUUUCUGUCCUGUCUGUCCUUGUCCAUCUGCUUGAGGGUCCUGUCUGUCUUGACGAGCGACUGCUGGACGGCCUCGAGCCGCUGCUGGUUGGCCUGCUGCCGCUCAGUGACGACACUCAGAUCGGCGGCAUAGCGCGCCGCAUCAGCCUGACACACCCCACGCACAUACACAAAGGAGACACACAUGGUGGGCUGGGUGUGGUGGGUGUGUCCGCCACACCUGGAGUGUGGCUGCCAUGUCUUCAUCUUCGUUGUCAGCACCACCUGCGAUGCACUCCAUCUCUGUGCGGCUCUCCUCCUCCUUAGCAAUCAGGCCGUCGAUCUCCUUGCGCAGCCGACCGAUAGCGUCACGCGCCUUCGACACAUCUGCACACACACCACAGGCAGCCAGCUUUGCAGACAGUGAGGACAAGACGUCGGCUACAUUGCUGACUCUUGUUUGUGGCUUUGAGUUUCGACUCGAGGUCCGCCAGGGCCUUGCGCACGUCGGCAACGGCACAGUCCUGCACACACGAGAAGGCCUCAUGUUGGUAGGUGUAUGGGCCAAUCAAAGGAGGUCUGGCGCACUAGCUAGCCACCGGUCCAUCAGCGCCAUCGAGGAGAUCGGCGAGCGACUUGAUCUCCUGCUCGAGCAGCUCAGCCUUCAUGCUGAAACGCGACCGGCGAUCAGACGCAUCACCCAACUGCAUGUCAGAGACAGACAGACAAGAAUAAUAGGAAUGUGGGCAUUCUCAUAUGUGUCCGACCUGCUUUCGGAUCAGCUGCAGCUCCGCCUGGACGUUGGCCAGGGUGUCGGCCUCUGUCUGCAUCUCCUGUUCGAUGUCUCGCGCCUCGGCCUCCUCAACAGCAGACGACACACCAGCCGCCUCCCGCUGCAGACCCCGCAGACGCUCCUGCGAAUUGAGACAAGUCCAUGGUGCACACAGGAAUGCAGGCCUGCGUUUUGGAUACCUUGUCUUUGUCGAGAGCUGCCUUGAGGUUCAGAACAGCAGAGGUGGUGCUUGACUCGGACGCACCCAAGAGAGAACCUGACAGAGAAAGAAAGUAGGAGGGAGGGAGGGAAUGCGACCACCCCUUUGCGUAUCAUGCCUCGCUCGUGUCUGCAUCCGGCCUUGGUGACAACGGGCACUCCAAAGCGGUUCAACAGCCGCACAGCCGUCGAGUCGUCAUCGGCCUGACACACGCACCCGGGCACACAUGUACAGUACCCUCACUUACAUGGGGUGUGUUGCGGUGCGGUGCGGUGCGGUGCGGUGCGGUGCGUACGAUCAGUGCCGAGUCGAAUGCCUUGGAAAGAGCCUUGGCAAAUUUGGACUGAGGGAAUAAGGAAACCCACACAAGCCAUGCGCACACGGUACACGUCGGAUGUCUCUGUGUGGUUGGUGGCGGUGGUCUGCCUUACAUCGAAGGUGAGGAAGGAUGUGCCGCGGUGGCCGCCCUCGGUCUUCACACCAGGCUGCACACACGCCAACAAGUGAGGAGGGAGAUACGAGUGGUCAGACGGAUGGAAGGAUGCGGUCAGUGGUGUGCUGUACUGACGUCUUGCAUGGCGCUGGGCAGGUUGACGGCGAUGGUCUUGAGAGGCCAGAUGCGGACGGCCACCUGGCUGCCGCGCUUCUUGGCCUCGUGCAGCACACCGGUGGCAUCAUCGGCACUGCUCGUCAGCAACACGGCCAGCUUCGAGCCUAACACACACAGACACACACAAAUGGAGACACAUGUCCCAGUGGACUGACUGCUCUUUCCAAUGCUUUUCCGGCACCUGCGAUGGCUGUGAGCGCGGGAAGCAAUGGGUGUGCGGCGUCUGUGAGUGUGAAUGUGUCGAUGAGCGGCGUGACGGUCUGCAGGCUGGCGAGGUCGGGUGGCAGGUGCAGGGUGCUGAGCAUCUUGGAUCGAGCGGCGCGGAUGCUGCGGCCGAGACCUUCCAUCUCCUGCACACAUCACAUCACCGGCAGACAGACGGGCAAGUGAGCCCAGCUGACACGAAUAACAGUGCAUGUACUUUGCUGCGCUUCUCUUUUGCGGCCAGGUGUGCCUGAAGGAAGGGACAACACUCGGAUGGCACGUCAGCAGCUAGCUGUUGAUGCAUGGAAUGGAUAUCACCUUCAGUGUGGCUAGUCGUGUCUCCAUCUCCUUCAAUCGCUUCUGCACCGUCCUCUCCUGCCUCUCACGCUCAUCCAAGCCAUCCUUCAUCCGCUGGCAAACACAUACAAUCCCAUAUACCCACCCAUACGCGGCUCACUGCCACACAGCCCCCCAUAUGAUGGGUACCUGCAUGUUUGUGUCCCCGGCCUGUGCGUCACUUUUGGACUUCUUGAGGUCGGCACGCAGCGCAGACAGACGAUCACCCAGCUCCUCCCUUGACCGAGUAUCUACACACACAUAUCAACACACGUCCAUGGGAUGCCCACACACCUGUGUAAUGUGAAUGGGAGCGGUGUGUCUUAUUUGCCUUUGAGGGCCUGUUUGCUCUGCUCAUAUGAGGCCACGGCAGACUGCAGCAGUGACAGCUCCGAUUGGGCCGCCUGCAGCCUCUGCUUGCAGGCCGCCUUCUCCUUGCUGUGCCGGGUGAGCUCUGCCUGCAGCUCUCGUCUCUUGUUCUGCUGCGCGGUGAGCGCGUGUGCCUUGCUGGUGGUGCGCUGCAGCUUCGCCCUCAUCUCCUCGACGGCAGCGCUGUCCUUCUCGUCACUCGCCUGCAGCUCAUCUCGCUCGCACUCCAAACGGGACACCUGACACACAGCCGACCGCCAGCCAGCCAGUUAUGUGGUGCGUUUGUGGAAGUGUCAGCAGCAGGUGACCUCUUCUUUGAGUUUCUCGGCGCGUUGGUUGUCUUCUAUGGCGGCUGUCUUGAGGUCAUUGAGGCGCGAACUGGGCAAUGAUGGAUGGAUGGAUGGAUGGAUGGAUGGAUGGAAGGCAUGGUGGGGCAGUGUGGUGUGGUGUGUUUUGGUGCUCACCGGUGUGUGUCUAGUUCUUUGUCGAUGUGUGUGAGUUUGCUCUCGUGGAAUGCGAUCUUCAUGGACGUCAGCUCGGCCCUCAGCGCCUUGCUCUCCCUGGACCACACACAACAACACAACAUCAAGAGGAUGGAUACCACAAAGACAGCCGCCUUACUUGACGAUGCCUGAAAAACACGAAAACCGAAGAUCGGUCAGGACAGAACCAUAAAUGUCGUCUUGGCACUAUUACCUUGCAGCUUCUUGUCAAUCGCCCGGGCCUCUGACAAAGCGACACAUAUACACACACACACACACACAGCACACAUCACAGAGAGCGGACGUCUCGCGUGCUAUGUGGGUGGCCGGCUGACCAUCGAAUUUGGAGAUGUAUCUCUGCAGCGUGGAGAUGUUUUGGUCGAUCUCAGUGAGGCUGGCCUGCCACUUGUGCCGCUGCUUCUGCAGCUGGUUGGUCUGCUGCUGGAGGUCAUGAGCACCCGACGCCACACUGAUGACCUUGGCCACCUCGGCGGCCGACCGGAUGUCGGAUACGUUAGCUUGCCGCAACACAUACACACUGUCGUCCACUGGUAGACCCUCACGCCUACACGCAUUCAUGAAUAGCACAAGAUGGCGCACACACUCAUGUGUCAUUUCAUGCCACUUUAGCACUGGUUGACCUUAGCCACUCGCGAAGCUGAAUCAAGGGUAUCUGCCUGCGAGGAGCACACUCACACAUGUGUGUGUUUAGUCCCCUGUUCUCAAUUCCCUGACUUGCCAUUGAGUCUGAAUUCCCGCGAGCCCCUGACGCCCUUGUCGCUCGCGUCGCUGCGCAGGGUCGCUUUGAUGGUGUACUUGUUGCUGCCCUGCUCCAACACCACCUCAACAGCUGCAUGAAGCAGCCCAACCAUUCAUACCUGCCUGGCUGCGCGUCCGGCUCCCUCCAUCCUUUGCUCACUUCAAUUGGCUCACUUGCGUUCUCUUUGAGCUGGUCUGCCUUCUUCUUGGGGUCGGUGCCCAUCAACUCAACCAUACUCGACACCCUGCAAGGACCACGGAGCACUCAGAUCUCCCUUUCAGCCACGGCAAGAUCUCAUCUGUGUGUGUGCCUUACCUGAGGUUUUUGUUGUCUGACUCGCCGAAAGCGAAUGAGAGUGCGUCGAGGAGGUUGCUCUUGCCCACGCCAUUGGGUCCGAUGAUGAUGUUCAGCCCCUUGUGGAAGCUGACGGACUGCUCCGUGCCGAACGAUUUGAAGUUCGACACGCGGAUAGACUUGAUGUGCAUGGUGGAAGCCGAC